AUGGGUUCAGUUGAGCAGCUCAAGACCGUUGACUGGUACGGAACACCCGUCCCGGUCUAUCCUAUGGACACCAUCGACUUUGGCAAGAUCCUCUCCGCCGAGGAGGAAGAAGUCGAUAGGCUGCUUCGUUGCUGCCAGAGAGAGGGCUUCUUCUAUCUCGACCUGAACGGACUGGAUGGCCGUCGCUUCCUCGACGACCAGAAGGAGACCCUGGAUCUCAUGUACCGCUUCUUUGAUGCUCCCCUGGAGGCCAAGAACCAAUUCGGACUGGUACACCCGCAUCUCGGCUACGAAGGAUUGGGAUCGCGCACCGGCGUUCUGCCCAACACUAAGGACGGUUACGAGAUGGUUAAGGUUUCCCGAGACGAGAUCCAGAAGGGCAAGCCGCACAUUCCCGACGUGCUAAAGAACAGCACCGACAUGAAGAUCCUGGAGAAUGCCAUCUCGGGAUCCAACAUCGUCACCAAGGCUCUGCUCAGUGCUCUUUCCAACGCCAUGGGCCUCACAGGCACCGACCGCUUCGAGCACAACCACCGCAACGAGCGCCCGUCGACCAGCACUCUGGCCAUGAUGCACUACGUCCCGUCGGACCCCAAGACGAGCAAGAACAUCGGCCACCAGAAGCACACAGACAUCAGCUCCCUGACCCUCCUUUUCGCCGAGCAGUGGGGGCUGCAGAUCCGCCCGCCAGGAACCCGCGAGUUCGGCUUUGUGGAGCCCAAGGAGGGUUGUGCUAUCGUCAACGUCGGUGAUUCGCUGCGCUUCGCCAGCGGCCACACGUUCAUGUCCUGCAUCCACCGCGUCGUGCCCUUCAAGGCCGAGGAGCACCGUUACUCGAUCGCGUACUUCCUGCGCGCCGACAACGAGACCAUGUUCAAGGACAGCGAGGGUCGCAACAUCACGGCCGGCCAGUGGCACGACGAGAAGUUCUACGUGUUCAAGGCCCUUCCCGAGAUCCAGGCCCUCGCCCCGCCCUCGAUGCUGUUCGGCGGCAUGAAGGUGGAGGACGACUACACCCCCCUGGCGGGAGCGCCUCAGGAGGAGCCAAUUGAGGCUCACUGA